AUGUCGUCGAAUACAGGCAAGUCGCCGGCCAUGGAAGUCCCUCCUACGCCUCCCACACCAUUUCCUGCCAGCAAGGCUGAACAUACAGCCGCGGAAAAAGAAGAGCUGGUGCCAAAAUCGCCGACACCUUCGAGCGAAACCGGCGAACGGAGAAUGAUGGAAGGUGCGACACUCUCGCUACUGAUGGGGGCCUUCUUCCCCUGCAUUCCAGUUGCGGUUGUUUGUGCGGUGCUACUCACCCUCAUCUUCCGCAACCGAAUUCAAGAUCCAUAUACAGUGGUACAAGAGAUUAAACAAGUUCACUCGUCGGAUCUGAUCAAUCAGACCUUGUUCGAGGUCAACCAGCUCAAGGCUGGUGGUACCAGCGUGUACUUCCUGUGGGCCAGCAAACAAACGACGCCAGGCACCUUGCACACAAUCGCCUCGAUAACCGGUAAAGUCAUGCCAUUCAUCACGAGUACGUCGAUGGCUCUCGUGGCCUUUUUCGCCGGACGUCGCAUCAUCGACGUGACAAGGGCCAGGAAACAGCAAUCGAUGCCGACUCCUCAUCAGAUGUCAAUCCUCAUCAGCUUGCUUAAUGGUAGUGGUCUCAGACCACUCUGGGAGACCAUGAAAUACCGCUUCCAGAAUCACGAACCACUAGUACAGCCAGUGCCACUUGCUUUUUGGUCGUUGGCAUGGAUAGUCAUCUUAACACUUGCCAUUCAAGCCGUCGACAGCUGGUUCGGCGUUGCUUUGCAACCAGCCACGGUUGACAUCUUGAAAGUAGCUAAUAGCACUUCGGCCUACGGUCGAGAGUUGAACGCCAGCAUAUGCAGUGCUUUGACACACCAGCUGCCCUGUAUUGGCGACGUCUCACUACAAUGCAACUACCCUUGCAGCAUCACGACAUGGGACACCGAGGCAAACGUGGAACGAUUCGGGCUUCAGCAUGCCCAGGAAGCCGCCGAGGUGUUGAUGAACAAUUCAUAUACCAAUUUCAUUGUCAAUGUGUCAGCUGGCUACGAUAGCUAUGACUACGAUGACAGUGCCCAACAUUACUUUCUCGGUGACAAGCGAAGCAGUUCCGCCACCGACUUCACCACUGGUACUCUUGCCGUAACCACACAAUGCAAGACGAUCACUCAGAAUUGCAAUGUGAGCAGUGGCUUCACAUGUGGCAGCUAUUCUGCACCAUCCUUUUCCUGGACCGGCGCAGUGGGCGUGGACAAGCAGUCCGCAACAGGACCUUUCAACCAAUCAAACGCCGGCAUCCAAUUCUUCAACGACAGUGCUCUUACCAUUCCAGUAGGCGACGAUCCGUCCCUUGGUAUGUUCACGGCGCUGAACCCAGUGCCAUUCCUACUGUGGUCAAAAGGCUUUCCCCCAGUCGAUACAUCAGCAGAUCAAUUCACUCAGAUGCGCGCAAAUCAUUACCUCGACUAUGAUGCAUCGGGCGACCCAGUCUUCAUUCUGAACUGUUCCAUGUCCAUCUAUCAAGCCAAAUAUAAUUGGACCAACGGCGCCGUGCCGACAAACGGCCUGUACGACCUCGAGUUAGCAGACCCAGCAUACGGUGCCAUCUACUCGGCCGCGUUUGCCAUGGACUCAGCCCUCGGCCACCUCAGCAUGCAAGAUGCUGCUGCCCUCGCCGCGUAUCAGCAUAAACCGGACUUGCUCGCCAACACAUUCGCGAACAAAUUCUCCGAGGCCGCUGCAGCUUUGGCAGCAGGGAUCACGACUCCGUCCCAGAACAUCUACGAGCAACAACGAUUCAACAACGUCCUUGUCACAAAAGUUCCCUUGAUACCAUUGUACGUUCUCAUCGCGCUGAAAGGCAUAUACGCUCUCUUCGCCCUCGUCCUCGCUGCACUGGCUGUCAUGGUAGCCGAACCUCUUACCACGCAAGACGUCAAGGAGCGCUUGACAAUCGACGGCCUGGCUGUCGGAUUAUUCGAAGCUGAUGCUCACCACAAACGAGGCGUGUCCGAGAUCCAGCAAUUGUACAACGAACACAACAAGGGCAAAGACGAUAGCAAGGACUUGGACGUGGAGGAGCCGCCCAAGAUCGGUAUGGUCCAGAAUGCCGAGGGUGGUUGGUCAUGGGCCACAUCGAAGAAAUUGGCCGAGAGUUUUGGCUAUAGCAGUGUUGUUGGCCUGAUCAAGAGUGAUGCUAAGAAAUCCGCUGCUACUGCGGUUGGGGGUAUUGUGGAAGGCCAGAGUGGUUUGCAAAUCAUUGGAGGAUUGGUCUCUCCUUAUCAGAAGACUACGUUUGAGCCAUAG